AUGGAGGCCCCGGCCCCACGCACACCCCCCCUCGACCCCUCGAAGUGCCACUCCACAGUCGAGACCAUGCGCUGCUCCCGCUGCGCCAUGAGCGCCGAGACCGUCUCUCAGAACGGCCGCGACGUAUCUGCCGACGAUGCCCGCGCCGGUGGCAUGGUCAAGUUCGGGCAUAACCUGUACUACUGCGAUCGCUGCGCCAAGAUCUUGCACGGCAGCAGCGGGAAGGUCAGAGCAUCGCUCCUGCCACACCAAAGAGAACAGCAGAAUACUCGAAGCCCACAACGGCAGGAACGUUGGAGCAUCAUACCUGCCACCUCGAUAUGCACAACGGCAGGAACGUUGGAGCAUCAUACCUGCCACCUCGAUAUGCACAACGGCAGGAACGUUGGAGCAUCAUACCUGCCACCUCGAUAUGCACAACGGCAGGAACGUUGGAGCAUCAUACCUGCCACCUCGAUAUGCACAACGAUGCACAACGGCAGGAACGUUGGAGCAUCAUACCUGCCACCUCGAUAUGCACAACGGCAGGAACGUUAA